AUGGCGAUUAAAGAAAACAUUUUCCCGCUGGCUAUCAUGACUUUAAUUCUCAUCUUUUCAAUCAUUCAUCUGGGUGUUAGUAUUGGUAUUAUCGGACAAUAUCGAAAAUACAGCAGUUUCUUCGGUCCACAAAUAGGAUUAGCUGGUUAUAAUCUUGCUAUUAGUGUAUUUGGAUUGGCCGCUGGUAUUAAUGGACUACGAUAUACGAAUGUGAGUCUAUUUCGAGUACCGAAGGUCGUUUAUGUUUCCGAUGAAUCAUCCUUAUCCGAUCACGCUGCAGUAGGCAUCAUGGCUCUUGCAUCGUUAGUAACUGCAAUUAUUGUGAAUGCAAAAUCCAUAAGCUAUGUCGGAAAUCGAUUUGAGGCUAGAAUGAGUGAUUAUGGAGCUGAUUCAGAUGCUCGAAACGUCAUUGAUAAGUUUCAAACAAAUUAUCAAUGUUGUGGUGCAUAUACAUGGCUUGAUUGGGCCAAUGUUGAUCUUGUUGCCCCCAAUGCAACAACAACCACCGCUAUCACUACUUCAACAUCAACCACCACCACCACCACCGCCACCUCUACUUCAACAUCAACUACUACUACUUCUGGCAGUGGUAAAAGUGCAGCCUUGAAUCAAGAGGCUUCUCCUGCAAAUAUUCGUCGACGAAAACGACAAGCCGUGUCAUCAUAUGGCGAUAUCACUGGUCUACCGAUCUUGUUUGGUGUCGUAUUUCCUUACUCGUGCUGUACAAGUGAUGCGUUAACAGUUACUGAUGGAACAAUUACAUAUUGCGUAUCGAAUCAAAAUGGUGCUGUCAAUCAUUUUUAUACCAAUGGAUGUAUAAAAGAUCUUGAUACAAUCGCUGGUAAUCAAUCCAUGGGUUUCGGUAUUAUCAACUGUUUCCUGAUUGUUUUAUCGUUUGUUGCCAUACCUUUACUCUGGAAAAUGUCAGCAUCUGUAUAG